AGGUAAAUAGGUACAUACUGACUCCCUCUCUUACCCACCCUCCCAGCAACCUAUGUUCCUCCGUCUCGCUUAGCCGGCCGUAAUACCAAGUAUGUGCAAGCCAGACAAGCUUGCAAGUCAUUCCGUUCGUGAAUUUGCCUCUUGAUGCGCCACUUGGUGCUUUUAGACCGUGUAACUAAAGUCUACUGAAACUCUCAAAAAACAUGUUUUUGCCUCCUUCCGAACCGCUGACGAGAUCGCUGAUGUUGUCCCACCUGCGCCGACCACGAUUUCCGCACACAAGAGCGGCGGCCGUACGGGGCCCGACACCUACUACUUCUUGCGCCAGGAUUUUUAAUACUGAUGAAAAUUUUAUUACCAGAGAUCGUUUUUGCAAGAUCGUCUGCGCGCCAACAUCUACUUCAUGUAGUCCGUACCCGGCAGUGAACUACACAUCACCAACGUGUCGGACACUCAGACAUUGGAGCUCCUCAAUAUCUUCUACGUCGUCAACAAGCAGUUCAAGCUCGAGUUCUUCCAGUGCAGACGUAUCAAAGCCUCUGUUCGAACCCUCCAUCUCCGCGGCCAACACCGUGAAUCCGAUCCGGCGCCUCAUCGAACGAACGCAGGUGAAGCCACUCGACCCGAGUCUGGAGGUGAUCCCGCUCUCCAUCGGGGAUCCGACGCAUUUCGGGAAUUUCCGCCCCCCCGACGGCCUCACGGAGAAGAUCACAGAGCUGGCACAAUCGCAAAAGUACAACGGCUACCAGCAUUCCACGGGGAUGGAAUCCGUGCGACAGGCGAUCGCGGACCGGUUUUCUUCCAAGACGGCACCGAUAACAGCCGACGACGUGAUUCUCACGUCCGGCUGUUCCCACGCACUAGACCUGGCGAUUCAGGUCCUGUGCAACCCGGGGGAUGUUCUGCUCGUCCCCCAACCCGCCUUUCCGCUGUACGAGACCCUGGCGAAAAGUCGGGGUGUGGAGAUCGCGCACUAUAGGCUGGACCCGGAACGAAAUUGGGAGGUGGAUUUGACACACUUGGAUCAGGUCUUGAGCAGCUGCCAAGAAAAACUCCGAAUUGCCGCGGCGGAAAGGAAAACUGAGCAAAAUGGUGUUACGAACAAGGUCGGCGCGGUGCUUCUCAACUCGCCGAGCAACCCCUGCGGCAACGUGUUCGGGAAGCGACACCUGAAGGAGCUCACCGUAUAACUGUGAAAGACUCCACUUUCAUCUUCUUUGUGAUGCAAAAUUAUACAACCACUUCCGCAUCUAUCUUCCCUUGAGCCGCUGUUGGCAUGACAAAUUCCGGAACCUCUACUUCGAACUCUACCUACUGCAAUCCGUGGACAAAUUUGUUGUCAUGCCAAAGCUACAUCAGACACAAGCAUUGCGACUGCUGCUACUCGACGUGCCAUUCGCAUUCAAAUCAAUGGAGGGGGUGGAGGUGUUGUGCAUCCUCAUACAUCGCACUGAUUUACGAAAAGCACGACGUGCCCAUUAUCGCCGAUGAGAUCUACGCGAACAUGGCCUUCGAUCCGGCACAGAACGCGAUGCUCCACGAGGUAGCUGAACAGCGCGUGCCCUUCCUUUCGGUCGGCGGCAUUGCGAAACAGUAUAUGGUGCCCGGGUGGCGCAUGGGCUGGCUCACAGUGCACGACGACGUAAAGGCGCACCACAGGUUUGAAAAGAUCCACAGCGGACUGCAGGACCUCUCCACCCUCAUUCUCGGACCGUCGACGCUGCAGCAGAUGGCGAUUCCGUUCCUGUUGCAGGAAAUAUCGAAGAUGAAGAAAAAAACCGUGUUUAGUGUAAGAUUGUGGUAUAGAAGAGGAUGCAGCACAGUUAGUAAGUAAGUACGCGUUUCAUGAUGUCUCACAUCAUUGAAGAUGGCCACUUUGUGUAGUGGUAUUUCCCGUCUUACCGGGUCCUUAACUGUGGAUUCUCUCCAGACCGGCUUCGUAAUGCAUGCUGCUAGCUCAAACUAACAGAAUGAUGCUACACGAAUCGACACGACAUGUUUUUUUCCUUGAUAGAAAACGAGCGACGAAUACUACGAAAAACAUGUUCUGGAGCAGCUCAAGGAAAACGCGGAGACUGUGCAGAAAAUUUUAGGAAGUGGUAGCUGCGAUUCGCGGCGCCAGGACGCGGACAAGUCUUCUCCGACGUCAAUUGCUUCGACGAAGAAGAAAAAGUACCACUUGCGCGUCAUCGAGCCGCAGGGGGCGAUGUACGUGUUGGUGCAGAUUCUCGACCCGGAGCACAGUGCCAACAGUACGCAAGGACACCGAGUCGUCGAUGACGUCGAGUUCUGCCGUGCCCUAUUGCAGGAACAGUCCGUGUUUGCGCUUCCAUAUGCCGCUGCACAAAUGAAUCCACCUCGUCCCCAACAUGAUCACAGCCUCUGUCAAUCUGCCAAGCGCAACAACUUGUGCGGAACACAACAGGUACUACGAUUUCGAUUUGCGUUCAUUUGCAUGGUAUGUUGA